AUGGAGAAACCCUCAGAGACAGGAGUCGGUGGGUGUGCACAGAGGACUUCCUUUUGCUCAUUUCACCUCAAAGACCUUGGAGUUGGUCCCUGCUCACCAGUUCAGUGUUGCAUCUCCUGUGCAAUGGACACAGCAAGGAUCUACCUCUGUUUAAAGCCAUCCAGCAUACCGGAAGCCCAGCGUGAGUCACCCCCAUCUCUUCCCCCAGAUGCCUGUCGGUGCCCACGUUCACACAGGUUGGCUCUGAAGCUCAGCUGUGCUGGGCUCAUCCUACUUGUCCUGGCCCUGACUGGGAUGAGUGUCUUAGUGCGAGUCUUAAUACAAAAACCAUCAAGAGAAAAAUGCUGUGUGUUUAAUCAAGAGAACCUGAAUAAAACAACAGACUGCCCAGCUAAGUUAGAGUGCCCCCAAGACUGGCUUUCACACCGAGAUAAGUGCUUUCAUGUUUCUCACGUUUCCAACACUUGGAAGGAAGGUCUAGCUGACUGUGAUGGGAAAGGAGCCACUUUGAUGCUCAUUCAAGACCAAGAAGAACUGAGAUUCCUACAGGACUCAAUAAAGGAAAUAUAUAAUUCAUUUUGGAUUGGACUAAGGUACACAUUGCCAGACAUGAACUGGAAGUGGAUAAAUGGCACAACUUUAAAUUCUGAUGUAUUAAAAAUCAGUGGUGCCACUGAACAUGGCAGCUGUGCCGUCCUCUCGGAGGGCAAAGUGAUUUCUGAGAGCUGUGCUUCAGACAACCGUUGGAUCUGCCAAAAGGAACUAAACCGUGAAACCCCGUGUAAUGACUCCUGACUGCGAAUCCCAUCCCGAUUACUUUACCAUUCACACCAGAUCUCUGCACCUAACCUGUCUCUGCUGUCUGCCUCCCAGUGCAGUGAGUGGCACAGCACAUGGACUCUAAGAGCACUGGAACUCUUACAGAUUCUUUAUUGUGUAAAUAUUAGUGCACACAGACACAGAUGUGCCAUUCUAAGAGAGGAAUUCUAUGCAAAGAAGCCCUGGUAGCUGAGAUACCUUAUUCUAAUCCUUGAGUCUGUGUGACAUUUGCUGGUUUCUGUGCCUGAGCUACUCUGCCAUCAGCCAUGGAAGACUGGAUCUAAUUUCUUAGACAGAUAGGCCACAGGCUGUUUUCAUGGUCCCAGAGUUUGAGUCAGGACCCCUUUGGCUAUUCCUUUCUGUCCGUUGACUC